AUGAAACCCCACCAUAUUAUCAUUUCAAUUUCAACUUACACAACACACUCUCUCUUGUUGUGCACACAAGUGUGCUCUCCAAAUACAAGACAGUGUCACUAGGUAAAGUUAUCUGAAGAGAAAGUGUGAAGAAACCUAACCACAGAGAGCCCAUUUGGAUCGAAGAAACGAAAUGGGUAUGUUGGUUUUGGUUUUCUCAGCAAUUUUGGCAUCAACCCUUCUCAGCUCUCUCUCUCUUGCUCUCAACCCAGAUGGGAUUGCAUUGUUGGAAAUUAAAAGCACAUUGAAUGAUACUAACAACUCUCUCAGUAACUGGAAUGAUUCUGAUGAAUCUCCUUGCAAGUGGACUGGUGUCUCUUGCAAUCCCCAUGACCAAACAGUUCUCUCUAUAAAUUUACCUUAUAUGCAACUUGGAGGGAUUAUUUCACCAAGCAUUGGCAAACUCAGUAGAUUACAAAGACUGGCACUUCACCAGAACAGCUUACAUGGUGUUAUUCCUAAUGAAGUUACCAAUUGUACUGAACUCAGAGCCCUGUACUUGAGGGCUAAUUAUCUCCAAGGAGGCAUACCAUCUGAUAUUGGGAAUCUUUCUUUACUCACCAUAAUGGAUUUGUCAAGCAAUUCACUUAAGGGUGCCAUACCUUCAUCUCUUGGCCGUCUAACACGCCUUCGCACUUUGAAUUUAUCUACAAACUUUUUUUCUGGUGAAAUCCCAGAAGUUGGGGUACUAAGCACUUUCGGAAACAAGUCGUUUAUUGGUAAUUUAGACCUUUGCGGCCAACAAGUGAACAAGCCGUGUCGAACAUCACUUGGGUUCCCUGCAGUUCUACCCCAUGCUGAAAGUGAUGAAGCUGCAGUACCUCCAAAGCGACCAUCUCAUUUUAUCAAAGGAAUACUGAUUGGUGUAAUGGCCAUAUUGGGUCUUGCAAUCAUUAUCCUCCUUAUUUUCCUCUGGAUUUGGUUGCUAUCGAAGAAGGAAAGGGCUGCUAAGAAAUACACAGAAGUCAAAAAACAAGUUCAACAAGAAACUAGCACCAAGCUUAUCACUUUCCAUGGUGAUCUUCCAUAUCCAUCUUCUGAGAUCAUAGAAAAGCUCGAAUCUCUUGAUAAGGAGGAUGUUGUGGGAUUUGGAGGAUUCGGUACUGUCUAUCGGAUGGUCAUGAAUGAUUGUGGUACAUUUGCUGUUAAGCGGAUUGAUCGAAGUCGUGAAGGGUCAGAUCAAGGUUUUGAGAGGGAGCUAGAGAUUUUAGGGAGCGUCAAGCACAUAAAUCUUGUCAAUUUGAGAGGGUACUGCAGGCUUCCUUCUGCAAAGCUUCUUAUAUAUGAUUAUUUGGCCAUGGGAAGCUUAGACGAUUUCUUGCAUGAACAUGGAGAAGAAGAGCGAUCCUUGAACUGGAAUGCACGUUUAAGGAUAGCACUUGGUUCUGCCCGGGGUUUAGCAUACUUGCACCAUGACUGCUGUCCAAGGAUAGUUCAUCGCGAUAUAAAGUCUAGCAACAUACUCCUUGACGAAAACCUAGAACCUCGUGUUUCAGACUUCGGCCUUGCCAAGCUUUUGGUAGAUGAGGAUGCUCAUGUCACGACUGUGGUUGCUGGAACGUUUGGUUAUUUGGCACCAGAGUAUCUACAAAGUGGAAGAGCCACUGAGAAGUCAGAUGUGUAUAGCUUUGGAGUUCUCUUGUUAGAGCUUCUAACUGGGAAGAGACCCACCGAUCCUUCUUUUGUAAAGCGAGGCCUAAAUGUUGUUGGUUGGAUGAACACUAUGGUGAGAGAGAACAGAUUGGAGGAUGUAGUAGAUAAGAAAUGCACGGAUGCAGAUGUCGAAACUGUAGAAGCACUGGUAGAAAUAGCCGCACGGUGCACUGAUGCAACCCCUGAUGACAGGCCAUCAAUGCAGCAGGUGCUGCAGUUUUUAGAGCAAGAGGUAAUGUCACCUUGCCCAAGUGAUUUCUACGAGUCCCAUUCGGAUUAUUGUUGACUUGAACAAGUAUUUUCGCAACGAAGGUUAUAUGGCGCAUGUUGAUUGUGCUAGAUGUGUUGAUCUCUCGGUGUUUUUGGGAGUUUUAUGCCCCUAACUAUGGGGCCUGUAUAUAUUAUUAUUGUCUUGCAAACAUUGAAUGUUCAUGUUGUUUUGAGCCUUUUUGUGCUGCGGAUGAUUCUCUUUUCUUUUUCCUCCAUUGGUAGAAUGGAAGUAAUAUGAAAAUUAUCUAGGUCAAAUAUCUGACCGAAUCUGUUA